ACUCUGCUCGCCCUAUGGGACAGGUUUGCCCUCCACAGUCCACACUGUGUAAAGGUACCUUUUUUAAGGCCCUUCUGCCUGCUUUUGCCUUCCCUCUCAACUCGAUUGACUGAAUGGCUGCGUCGACUGUGGAAGUACCAGUCUUCACAGACACUGACUUGGGAACUCACAUAGCAAUGGCCGUCCCUCCAGAUAUCACAGCAAGAGAUUUCAAGAGAGAAGCUGAAAGAGUGCACUUCAAUUGUUUCCCAAAAUCUGGAGAGAUCAUGAUCUAUGGGUUAAUGGUGAAGCGAAAAUCUUGCCUUUACCAUCUGCCUGAGUCACUGCCUAUAAAGUAUGCUUUCCAGGGUAAGAAAGGAGCAUGGUUUCUGCAUGUUCAAGCAAGGCCUUUGAGUAAUUUAAGUGGGUCGGAUCUACCCAAGGACGUGGCUGGAAAAUUUGUGCAGCAUAUGUACAAUGGUAGCAAAGAUACUGUUUAUUUGGAACCACCAAACUUCCUUGCAAGCAUUGGUGAGACUGAGACAAGAGGAGGAGGUAAGAGAAGGAGUUCGGGAAGAUCAAACUGCCUUGAACCUUUUCGACAAGAGCUUCUCAGCGCUGUCUCUCUUCCAAAGGAAAAGACAAAUAAGAGAAGGAAGAAACUUCAUCAUUUAGAGUGCACAGCAAGUGAAAUAAAGAGGGGAUGCGACCGUGGAAAUAGAAUUCCUGCUGUUGUUGCCAAAGAGAAUUCUGGCUUUUGUGCGUCUGCAGAUGAAGUUGAGCCUAGAGAAGGAUUGAGUUCCAACCCAAUGGUGGAGGCCCCCAGUGAGAAGUCAUCAGAAGUAAUAUCAGUUUCAGGUAUCAUCAAGAGAUACUUCCCAAGCUCCAAUGAAGUGAGCAGUUUCGGCAGCCCUUUAAGCUUUGAUGUCAAUGUCACACACAGAACAUUUCAAGGUCAGAAGGAAGAACAAUUAAAUACUAUAACAGAUGAUAAAUGCUCAAGCAUACAAGUUGAUGUCCUCCCAGAGUUUACAGUCAAAACACCCCCAAGGAUCUUGACACCGCCGUUGGUAGCUGCCCGAACUCCAAACUCUUUGAAGGCUAAGCUUGAAAGAUCUCGAGUUGGGAAACGCCUCGUUCUGGCCUCAUCCAAUCUUAGGAUUUCUGGGAGUAAGCAAAAACCUGCAAUUUCUCUAUGCAGACUCAGAGGUGAAAAAAUGUUAGAACCCAAUUUCUCUUCUAUGAUUAGAAAUUUAGUCUUCGAGAUGAGCGACAGCGAUGAUUGACAUUACUUGGAGGCCUCUUGGUGGACCAUGAAAGUUAUGCAUUAAAAUGUCGUGCUCACUGGGGAGGAGCUACUCUGAAGCAGCCUCGUGGUUGGCAUAAGCUGUCUGCUGAGCAAGUGACAACAACGAUGAACAAUCAGUAAUUCCUAUAAACCUGGACAAACAACUGCUCACUAACAAGCAGACUUAUGAUUCAGGUUGAGCAACAGCAAUGGCAUAAACUAUAUGUACCUUGAAAAACGUUUAUGGAAUGACGUGACUCGUGAUUGAGGUUGAUCAGCAGUUUUUGAAGGUGAUCUCUUAUAUGAAGAUGUCGGUACAACUGUUGUCUUCAAUAUUUGCAUUGCUGGGCAUGCCAGGAAUAGAUGAUAAUAGCAAACAGCUAUACUUGAGAGUUUUCUGAGGAAUAGUCUUCGACAAAUAAAUGCAUACUGGAGGAGGUAAUUAAGUGAUUAACUUUCAAGUUGCAGUCAUACUUUUAAAAAAAAAAAAAAAAAAAACCAAAAAGUGGAGCUUGAGGAAAGUUGCUUUUGAUUAAUGUAUUGGUUUUUAACACUCAAGGAUGUGCUGCAAGAUGGCAAUGUCUCAGAAAUUUAGUUUAAAUUUUCAUUGUGUUAGUUCUAGUAGCUUUGGGAGACAGAAAGUAUUUCAACUAAAUGAAGUACUCAGCCAUGAAGCUUCUGCUUUCUGUAUUCAACUAAAUGAAGUUAAUGCAAUGUUUUAUCUAUGUUGAUUAUU